AUGAUUCGAAUAAAUGAUGCAAAGCGAAGUCAAUGGAAAUAUUAUCAACAGCAUACAGGUCAACACUACGAACUAACAACUGUCCCGGGUUUCCCAGCUGUGAGUAACCGCCGACAAAUUGUGCGAAUGCUUUUGUGCACAAAGCCGCUCUUUAUUGCAAAUAAGUAUGGACCGGACUUGAACCGCUCAUCCGGACGCGACGUGCUAAACCAAUAUCGCAUCAAAGCUUACUUGCGCUCACCGAGCAAAUUUUCAACAAGUAACACUUCAAAAAAUGCCGGCCUUUCGCAGGAAUCCGUAACGACUGGCGCUAAGGUGCUCUGCACUGAGAUGAUAUAA